GUCUCGUCAAUUUUGUGAAGAUGGGCGCAUCCAGCGUGACACUCGGAUCGGCAAUAGCUCUGCUGGUGCUGUUCACCGCUCCGGCGGAAUGUUACAGAUUGUUGAUAGUGUUUCCUAUGGUGGCACCCUCCCAUUACAAUUUGGGCAGCGGUCUGGCCAAAGGAUUGGCGGAGGCCGGACAUGAUGUCACCAUCAUCGCACCGUUUAGAGAGAAAACCAUCCCCAAAGAAUGGAAGUACCGGGAAAUUUACUUGUCGGGUUUUUCAGAAGAAAGAGAUAAGCAACAAAUGAACAUGUUCGAUUUCGGAAGUGCACCCGCCGUUGUGACACUUUACAUGAUGAACUGGAUCGGUAACGAAGUCACCGAAAAGACAUUUGAACACCCUAAUGUUCAAAAACUGCUCCAGAAUAAAUCGGAAAAAUUCGACGCAGUGAUCGUUGAACAGUUCAUGAACGACGCAAUGAAAGUGUUCAGUUAUCAUUAUAAUGCACCUCUCAUUCUCUUCAGUACGGUUGGGCCUAACGCUUGGGUCAAUCCUUUGGUGGCGAAUCCGGCGCCUCCUUCCCAUGUUCCCGAUAUUUUCCUGUCGUUUUCACCCUACAUGACGUUCUUCCAAAGAGUGCAAAACAACUUGUUCACGGUGUUGUCCGAGCUCAACAGACAUCUGCUGUUCUUCCCCGCUCAAGAUCGUUUGGUACAGAAAUACUUCCCCGGUGCACCAGAUUUAAGUGUGCUGAACUACAACAGUUCUCUUAUACUUCUUAAUUCACACGUCAGUGUUAACAGUCCGGCUCCUUUGGUGCCCAGUAUGAUCAACAUAGGUGGCUUCCACGUAAAACCAGCGAAAACGUUGCCCAAAGACUUGAAAGACUUCAUAGAAGGCGCCAAAGAUGGUGUUGUCUACUUCAGCAUGGGCUCGAAUUUAAAAAGCAAAGACAUGCCAAAGGAAAAGAUUAAGAAUUUGUUGAAUGUGUUCAGGAAACUGAAGCAGAAAGUCAUAUGGAAAUUUGAGGACGAUUCGCUGCCCGACAAGCCCGACAACUUGAAAAUUAGCAAAUGGCUACCACAAAACGACAUAUUGGGCCAUCCUAACGUGAAAGUUUUUAUCACCCAUGGGGGAUUGUUAAGUACUACUGAAACUGUAUAUCACGGUGUUCCUGUAUUGGCUAUACCAAUUUUUGGUGAUCAAAAAAUGAAUGUAGCUCAAAUGUUGUUGAAUGGAUAUGGCUUGUCUUUGGAUUUUGAUGACUUGUAUGAUGAAAGUAAAAUUUCUUCCACUUUAAAUGAACUUUUGACCAACCCUAAGUACAGGGAAAAUGCUAAGAAAAGAUCUAGGAUAAUGCACGAUCAACCUAUGAAACCUAUGGAGGCUGCAGACUUCUGGAUCCAAUAUGUAAUAAGACAUAAUGGUGCUACACAUCUUAGAACAGCUGGACUAAGUCUAACGUGGUACCAAUAUAUUGGUUUAGAUGUGUGGGCAUUUAUUGUUGGUGUCUCAUUAAUUUCAUUGAUAAUUUCCAUUCAAUUGUUAAAAAUAAUGUGUGGAAGAAAUAAACAAGAUAAGACUGACAUUAAAAAGAAAAAAAAUUAAAUAAUAUUUAUUAAUAAAAUAAUUUUAUAGAUUAAAAUAAAACUCCAGUUUUUAUAUAAA